UGUUUGCUCUGCUGUCUUCAACUGUCUUCUGGUUGUUGCGCGAUUGCUUAUUUUAUUCUUUCAUAUUUUUCUACAGGAAUGUUUUAAUUUUAUAAAAAAAUGUAUAUAUUGGUUGGACCACGUAAAUUUUAAUAAACGUGUUGUUAAUUUAAAACAUUAAUGUGAUAUUGCCGACAAAAUCUCAUGUCAAAAGGCCUUGCAACUCGCAUAGAUCGGACAAUUUUCCAAAUGUUUUGUUUUGAUAGAUAAUGGAUCCAAGAAUGUGCAGAAAAAUCAGUAGUAGUGAAAGUCUUCCAGAUGCUGAUAAUGUGGAAUAUGAAGUAUCAAACAUCAUUGCACCGCAAGAGAGCGAGGAGAACUUUUUAAUAGAAGGUAGUCCAGAGCCUAACUCUGUUACUUGGCUGGACGAUGAUCAAAUUGAUGAGUUAGAUCUUAAUUUAGACCAAACUAACCUAUUUUUUCAUAGAGUUGAUAGUGCAGAUAUAAUUUACCGAAGUAAAAAGAAAAAAUGUAAAAUGGUAGGAAAAUAUGUGAUGGGGGAUGUUUUAGGAGAAGGUUCAUAUGGUAAAGUGAAGGAGAUGUUGGAUUCAGAGUCUCUCUGCCGACGGGCUGUGAAAAUAUUAAAAAAAAGAAAGCUUAGGAGAAUACCAAAUGGUGAACAGAAUGUACAGAGAGAGAUCCAAUUGCUCCGUAUAUUAAGACAUAAAAAUGUGAUAGAACUAGUCGACGUUAUGUAUAAUGAUGAAAAACAAAAAAUGUACCUUGUUAUGGAAUUUUGUGUUGGAGUUCUGCAGGAUAUGUUAGAGUCAAGCCCUGGUAAAAAGUUUCCUCAGAGGCAAGCACAUGACUAUUUUACUCAAUUGCUGGAUGGCUUGGAGUACCUGCAUGGACAAGGUGUAGUACAUAAAGAUAUCAAACCAGGAAAUCUUCUUUUGACACUGGAUCAAACAUUAAAAAUCACAGAUUUUGGAGUGGCCGAGGAAUUGAACAUGUUUUCUCCGGAGGAUACCUGUUAUACAGGACAGGGCUCUCCAGCGUUCCAGCCUCCAGAGAUUGCAAAUGGUGCUGAACAAUUCUCGGGUAUAAAAGUUGAUAUAUGGAGCAGUGGUGUCACAUUGUACAAUAUGACAACAGGACGGUAUCCUUUUGAAGGUGACAAUGUGUAUCGGUUAUUGGAGGCGAUUGGUCGCGGGGAGCCGGCACCACCACCAGCCUCGCUAGGACCUACUCUUGGGGCGUUACUCACGCAUAUGUUGAAGAGAGACCCUGACUUGAGGCCUACAGUGCAACAAAUUAGGAGACAUGCUUGGGUACAAGCCCAGCCGCCACUGGAGGCUGGCGAGCGGCUAGUGAGUCCGCGCUCUCGCCGCUCGGACGAGCUCCACAACUCCACUGUCAUACCGUACCUGGUUGAGAGGCAUUACGCCUCUGCACAGGAGUACUUUACUGAAAGGGACCUUAGGCAUGAGCUGGGUGACGGUGGCUCUCGAACACUGUCGACCGCCGAGUUAUCGGACGCGGAGUCGUCUCGCCGCAAACACCGGUGGCAUUCUUCUUGCGGACGCCUCCCUUCUUGCCGUCUCACGUGAUCUCCACAAUGAUAUUGUACAAAGAGCUACCGCACUCUUUAAACAAAUCCGUUAUACUCCAAAAUUACCAGUAAUAGCACACUAAAAAGAUUCAUAUUUGCAAUUAAUGAAAUUCACUGUUUUUAUGAGACAAAAUGGGCCUGUUAUUAAUAAAUUUAUUUAUUAUAUAUACUUAGAAAAAGAUUACAAAUAAAAAAAUAUAUUAAAAAUUUUACCGGUUUCAACUUUAUUUUUUUAAACGUUUAAACGACGAAUUUUUCACGUAUAACUUAAAAGCCAAUAACUGUAUAUCUAUUUAUUCAUGGUGUGACUUGCAAGCAGACUUUUAAGCGCUCAAAUUCUAUUCAGGGUUUCACUUCGCGGGUUCUCAUAUAAUCAGUCAAUAAUUUAUUGUUAUUUACAAGUUGGAAUUGUUAAUAUGAAUAAUUUUAGAACUUAAUUACUAACCACUAAAAUGACUAUUUUAGAUCUUCAUGGAUCAUAUACGAUCACAUUUCUAAGUGCGUUUAAAAUUCAGCCAAAGUAUAAUUUUCUCUAUAUUUUACGGCUAGAAUCUGUUUACAAUUCGCAUGGUGUGUGACCAGAUGAUGCCACAUAUGCCGUUUCUUUUUUCUCCAUGCGUAUGGUAACGUAAACGUAUUUAGAAAUAUAAUUGUCCGUCUGGACCUCCAGAUAUUGUUACUCGAUUUGUUUUGUUUGUUACGUAAAAAAAUUUUAAAACAAAUCGUGCGAACGAUUAUUUUCCAAAGGCACUUCUUGUUCCCUAGGAAAUCUAUUUUUUUUUCGACACAUUAAUCAAUGUAAGGAUUUUUGAAACCACAUUAUCCUCGUCUGGAUAUUUUGUCUUGCUGUGUGUAGCUCCUGCACUAUGCCGCGUACUUUACCAAUAUAUUGUAAUAAUUACACGUAUGUUUUGAUGUUUCUUGUUUUGUUAGUUUAAUUUACUAUAUCUUAGAUUUAUAAUUAAAAUUGUGUCUUGAUAUUUUCAAUGAUCUUUAUGGCACUUGUUAUUAAAAUAUUUCAGUUUAAUUGUCAUUAGAUUAAAUUUUUUGAAAGAUCUUUAUGUACCAGUGUUCACCAACAUUUCUAGCCGUGUAUUCGUUACAUUAAUUGCUGUUUGGUGUAAACAAAAAAGAAAGUGAAUUACAUAUUCACAUAUGUAUAAGCGGACAUUUUACUAUGGACUGUAAUAUACGAAUAAUAUACGAAUCAUAUUCCGGGAUUGAUGCUUUUCAUUAUUUUUUAUUACGUGUAUAAUUUUUAUUGUUAAAGAUUUUGUAAGCACACAUUAUAUUUUAAUGUAACAAUUAGGCGCGCGGUCAAGCUCGCGUUACAGCCGCUCAUGAUUAUGGGUUAAGAAUUGAUCCCGAAACUAGUCGAGCUUUCUCGAUCUAAUUACCCGUAAGAUAAACCGGUAGUUAUUACGUAUUAAUAGUGACAUUGAUAUAUGAAAGGCUACGUGACGGAGGGGAGGGGCUAGUUCAGUAAAACAUUUCAAACCUGAUCUAACGGAUUAAAAAAAUACUCUACCAUAUUAACACAUCGCGUUCAGUUAUUUAGUUAUAAGGGUUCCCAAACUUAUUUUGUCUCGGCCCAUUUUGAGAUUAAAUUAUUUUUUAGCGCCCCCAUUUUUUUCACCUACUUAAAAACCACUAUUACUUCAAGAUCAACAAAUCACCCUCCAAGCCUCCUCUUUUUUUCUGGGUCUCUUACCGCCCCCCUUUAGGCUUGCAGCACCCACAAGGGGGCGUUAUUGCCCCCUUUGAGAAAGGCUGUUAUAAAAUAUUAUAUAUUUUUGUUGUGUUCCGACCUAUAUUUUUUUGGAGAAAAUGUUCAUCAUUGAUAGAACACUCCAUAAAACGAUGGCAAUGAAUUCACUGUCACUCUUUAAUAAAAAAAAAAAAAUGUUACAACAGGAAAAAUAUAUAACAUUCAUGUGGAAAGAAAGUGACUGUGAGAUAUUAUUUAUGUUCAUCUCAUAGUCACAUACGAUUCUAUUACAAAAUAUGAUGAGAGAUAUUAACUUUAUUACAACCCAUAGUAAAUGGCCAGCUUUAGAACUAAUGAUCAUGAGAUUUAAUGAUUUGUUUAUUUCAAAAUGAUAACUACUCGAUUACUAUUUUGUUUUGUUUCGACGAUGAAUGAUUUUGAGUUUUUACGUUAUUAUUUUCUUGAAUGCUUGAUUAACUUAUUUCUUCUCAUAUAGAGAAUUCUCGCAACUGAAUCUUAAGAAGUGGCAAUAAAGACAUAUAUUUUUAUAUUGGUAAAUAUAUAGUAGUGAAUUCUAAAUUUAUAAUGAAGGAUUUAUAUCACUUCAUAAUAUAUAGAUGCCAUUUCUUCUCUAUUUCAUAUAACGUUAUUAGUAAAUUGUAUGAAUGGGGCAAUUAUUUUCGUUGAGUAUUAUCUAUUGAUGUUUGAGAUGAUAUGAUUCUGUUGAGAGUUCUUAUUUUGAUUGAAAGUACAAGUUGCAAUGGCUGAAUGUGGUUUUUUUUUGUCUCAAAUGGGUACCUACAUUGGCCAUAGAAUAACAAAACCCACUGUAUCAAGUUGUCAUUGUACCUCAUGUCAGCACGGACCUCACUCUUUAUAUUAUUAUUUGAUGAAAUAUUGUUAAUUUAGGUAGGUCAAAAUAAAACUAGUGUAUAAUUUUGCUAAUACUGAAGUAGCUUCUUAUUUUCAGUCUGUUAAUAUUAUGUAAAGAAUAAGUAUUUUAAAAGUGGCAGAAUGUUAAAAUUUUUAAAACAUUACAUGAGCAAAUAAGUAGUGCAAUAUAAAAUUUCGUUUUCUGUCAUAUUUGUAUAUUAAGAUUGGAAACAAAUUAACUUGGAUUGUAUCAAUUUGGUUAUCUAAGGUGUUUAACAAUAAAUGGAAUACGUAAUGAUUAAUUAAAAGUUCCAUACAUUGUUAACAUCCUCCAUUGUGUGCCCACAUUCAUAGUUGUACCUAUAUUUACGUGUUUGUUAAUUUUUUAUUUUAACGUCUAGGUGAUAAGACCCAAAUUUGUAUUGUAUGUAACUGUGUACCUGCUAGGCACGUUCAGAUUACCUCUAUAGUGUAAUCUCAGUCAUCAAAUGGUUUAUUCUCAUUGUUUUCUUCUGCUGUAUUUAUAACGAUGGAAAAUUGGACACAUUCUGCACAUGUAUUUAUUUAUUAAAAUUUCGAUCAAAUAUUAAGAAAAUUCAGAACAAAUCAUGAAGAAAUAUGAGAAAUAAAACAUUAGUAUAAUCAUAGGACGUAGAAUUUACAUUUUCUUUCCAAAUAACAUUUCUGCGCUAAUUUAACACGUGUUGUUUUGUUGUGCAAUAACUGUAGUUGGAUGGAUGCUAUACUAGUUAGUAGUUAGGUUAACCGUUUUACUAAGCCAUAUGUUAAUGAGAUUAUUGCGCAGAUGAUCUCGUAUCGCCAAAGGCGUUUCUUUGCAAAAGUAUUUGUAGCAGUAGUCUUUCAUUCAUUAUUUUUCACUAAUUUAAAAAGAAGUGAGGUCUUACAUAUUACUGUUAAAUAUUAUAUGUUUACGCUUAAAACAGAUGUAUGUACAGUGCCUGAACUGAUGAAGCUGCACGAAAGUGGAGAAAAAGAGAAUAUUAAUAUAUUGUAAAUAAAAAGUAGAAAAUUA